AUGUCAAUCACAACUCGGAGUGGGAAAAUACUUCAAGGAGAAAAUGAACUAGUGGUCGAAGUGGAAGAUUCUAAACAAGAAAUUGAGACACAUGUUGAGGUGCCAAUUGUCGUUGAAGCUGAAAAAUUCCCAGAAGAAGUGAAAAUUCAAGAAGUGAGCCAGGAAGAGGUUAAGGAAAAGAUGAAAGAGACACCAAAAAAUCUAGCACCAAUUCCUGGACCUCAUCCUCCUUUUCCUCAAAGACUUGAUAGGAAGGUUGAUGAUAUCAAACUUGAGAAGUUCUAUGACAUUCUCAAGCAAUUAUCGAAAGAAGACCCGAGAGCUUUUACCAUUCCAUGCACUAUUGGGUUGCACAAUUUUGCAAUAGCUCUUUGUGAUAACGGGGCUAGCAUCAACUUGACCCCUCUUGCUAUUUACAGGCAAGCAGGGAUAGGUAUUCCAAUGCCUACAAGUAUAAGGUUUCAAAUGGUUGAUCGUUCAAUAAAGAGACCGGUGGGUAUUGUUGAUGAUGUUCUUGUGAAAGUGGGGAAGUUCCUCCUUCCCGCCGACUUUGUGAUCCUUGAUUGUGCUGUUGACAAAGAAAUCCCUAUCAUUUUGGGGAGACCCUCCAGUGCUACCGGAAGAGCACUUAUGGAUUCGAAACGAAAUGAGAUCAAGUUCCGAGUGAAUGACAAAGAGGUUACCUUUUAA